GUCCCAACUCUCAACAGAAACUGAGUCAUUAUUGUUUCUAUUCUGUGUUUCUAUUCUAGUUGUUUAGACAAUGCAAGGGUUUAAAAUGGUUAUUUUGGCGACAAAAAGCUCCUGAAGACGUAAUAUGGAAUUAUGUAUCAUACGCUGCAGUUUGUCUUGUGCCUCGUUUCGAUUUUCCUGCAAGCCAAAGCCGCCACCGUUAAGCGGGUUUCAGUAGACUUGGGGAAAAACGUAACGAUAAAAUGCCCCCUGAACAACUCAAGGGACGUGAUGUGGGAAAGGGAAGGCCGAGAGCCAGGCCGGAACACAAAAAUGACGGUGCUGGAAAGUGGUUCCAUGUUUCUGGCAACAGUUGAUAGGAGCGACUCGGGGAUUUAUAGUUGCAUUCGCGAGAACGACGUCAAAGAUAUUAGGGGAAAGGUGAAUGUUACAGUGCGAACGCCCCCGCCGCCUCUAGUGGUUUCUAUCAAAUGCAGCACCAUCCUGGUGCUGGUUUUGUGGCAAGUCAUCGGAACUGGCGGCUAUCCCAUAUCGUACUUUGGUGCUCAAUAUCGGCCGGCGUUUAUCAACACCAGCUGGAUACCCAUUUCGCCUAAUCACAUCAUGCCGAGCUCACGACAAAUCGAAGUGUAUAGUCUGCGGCCGAACACCACAUACGAAUUCAGGAUGUGGGCGACCAAUCAGCUGGGCAAGAGCCCCGUGACGUACGUACUGGCCACCACCAAAGCGCAAUACACUGAAGAAGAAUUAGCCAGACAUUUGUUGAAAGGGGCUGACCAGUUCGAUACCAGAUGGUGGGCGGCCGCCGUGGGCAUUGUGAUGGGCGCGCUGGUUCUUCUGGGGCUCGGCACUUGCCUGUUACUGUGCCGCGAAUGUCAGCGCCCCUCUGUCGUAGAAGAUGAGCCGGAGAUCAUCGAGCUGUUGCCCAACAUCAUUCUGAACCCGGGCUUUGAGGGACCGAGUCGUUUCGACGACAUCACCCCCGACGAGAACUCCAACAAUGGAACCCUAACUCGCCUUAAUAACAACACGGUUGUCCAGCCGCAGGACUUAUAACGGGGCUGAUAACUGAUUUUGGCGGUUUUUCAGCGAAAAGGCGCACGUUUAGUGCUCAGGGCGCGAUUUCGGAACCGCUUGACCGCGAGGUAAGACAUCGUUUUGCUUCUCCAUGUACAAAAUGCGCUAUUCACAUUGAUACCUUAAGGGGAAAGUGUGUUAAAGCGCGAAGCGCAUUCGCCAGCCUGUCGCGUAUGGACAGAUUGGCGAAUGCGCUUGUUAGUUUUGAGUAUGCGUUGAAGGCAGACUUGCGACAAUACCUGUUGCAUUAGAGGAACAUAUCGACUAUUUUCUCAUUAGUGUGUACAUUUAGGGAGUAACAGUUUUCGAUAAAUCAAGACUUUGGGGCGUUAAACCAAAGUGAUACACUCAUUCCUUUGGAAACUAAGUCUUCUUCGAUCUGUAUUUAGACAUUGAGUUGUUUCGAGCCUUCAAGUUCUUCUCGUGAAGACUUUGUGGGCGCAGCAGUCCCAGUUGAGUGUGUUUUAGAUCGGAUUUAUGGGAACUCGCGUUGGCAUUCUAUAAAACGGCAAUCGGUUCCCGUGUGCCAAUGCGAGCCUCCGAUCAAUUAGUCGUUGUUUUUGUGAUAUUAUUUUUUAUGGGCCCCUGUGGGCAUUAAUAAUAGAAACGCGAGUUGUGAGCAGUGUUCCAAACCAUUAGUAUUUAUGAUAUUUUCGAAUUAAGACGGUUCAAUAGCUGAUAAGGGCUUUACUUGCACCUACACACUAUCGUCAUCAAUUGCUUGUUUCAUAAUUGUAUUUAGCAGGUUCGCGCGUUUGAUUCAGCAUCUGAAUACAAUGCUUCCGAAUUCGAUGUUGUGCUAUUUCAGUAUUGGCUGGGUUUUCUAACUGAUUUCGAAUUGCUGCGAGUGAAUAAAUUGUCGCUAAUACGCUUAAUACUAAGACAAAACAUAACCAGUGCCUCUAACAUGUAAGUAGGUGUGUGUUCGGAGCGGUGUAAGGCUGAUCAGUAGCUAGCUAUAUAUUGUCGACUGAUUGUUGCGAGUGAAUUGUUGUAAAUAUAUAAAAACCUUAACUUAUACUUAAGACUACCGACUGCCUAAUCGAUAUUUAAGCAAAUUAAUCACGCCUGGUUGUGCCCGAGUGUUUUUCAUUCACUGACAAGAAUCACACUUAUUUCAUCUGCUGAUUAUACGGGGCGGUUUUGCUCGGAAGUGUGAUUUAAGGCCACUUUCUUGCCAACCGCGCCGUAUAGUAAUUCCUACUAAUUAAAGCUCGCUUUAAGUGCACGUGGUCUAAUUCACUGAGUAUUGUGUAAUUUACAUGAAAUUAAUUAUUAUAUACUCCACUGUCUUGUAUGUGAUAUUAUAUGGGUUGCUUUGCAUUAAAA